CAGCAGCAAUAACAGCAGCAGCAGCAGCAGCAACAUCAGUCAACGAGCCGAGGAAAAUUAAACUGCUUGGGAAAUUGAAAGGCGAGAAAACUGACAGCAACGACAACGACAGCGCGGCAACAGCAACAGUAGCUGCCACCACCGCGGCAACCUCUACGACAGCAGCAACAGAAAUUGCUGUAACAUCAGCAGCAACAGCCGCAGGAACAGGAGGAGCUGCGACAGCAACAUCAACUGCAACUGCAACAACAGCAGCAGCAGCAAUCCAAACAACCAAAAUCAGCCAAGUGAGGCUUAAUAACCCAGCGACAACAAGCAUGUUACUUUUGCAACCCAAUAGCUCCUUUAGUUCGCUGUCGCCCUUCGAUAACUUCUCCACGCAAACCGCUACGACGACCACGACAACGUCGGCAGCCGCAGCUGGACACCACCACCACCAUCAUCUCCUCCAUCAGCAUCAUCAGCAACAGCAGAAUCAACUGCAGCAGCAACACCAACAGCAACAGCAGCAGCAGCAGCAACUGGAACUGCAGCAACAAUUGCAACACCAACAGCAGCAGCAACUUGUGAGCCCGCAACAGCAUUUGCUAAAGACGGAGUCGCUGCUCUCCCAUGAGGAGGAUCAGUUGAUCAGCAACCUGACCGACUCGGCUGUGGCCCACAGUGAACUCUUCUCGGAUCUCUUCUUCCCCUCGGACUCCAACAACUCCCUGCUCUCGCCGACCACCAGUGGCUAUCCGGACAAUCCCGCCGAGGACCUAACCAGCUCCAUUGAGAACCUUACCAAAUUGACUUGUCUGCGCGACAAGCGUCUGUCCUCGAUCCCGGAGCAACAGCUGAGCUCGGAACAGGAGCAGCAGCUCUGUCUGCUAAGUCUGCGUUCCAGCAGCGAUCCGGCAAUUGCCCUGCACGCCCAGCAGCAGCAGCAGCAUCAACAACAACAGCAGCAGCAGCAACAGCAACAGCACCCGGAGCAGCAGCAGCAACUCCAGCUGAUCUCGCCCAUUGGUGGGCCCUUGUCCUGCGGCAGUAGCCUGCCCAGCUUCCAGGAGACCUACUCCCUGAAGUACAACAGCAGCAGCGGAAGCAGCCCCCAGCAGGCCUCCGCCUCCGGCUCCACUAGUGCCCCCUCCUCCACGGCAGCUCCCACACCCACGGACCAGGUGCUGACCCUCAAGAUGGAUGAGGACUGCUUCCCGCCGCUAUCCGGUGGCUGGAGCGCCAGUCCGCCCGCACCCUCACAGCUCCAGCAGCUCCACACCCUGCAGACCCAGUCGCAGUCCCAAUCCCAGAUGUCGCAUCCCAAUGGCAACAGCAGCAAUAACAACAGCGGUGCCUACAACUACCAUGGCCACUUCAAUGCCAUCAAUGCCAGCGCCAAUCUCUCGCCCAGCUCCUCGGCCAGCUCCUUGUAUGAGUACAAUGGAGUCGGCGCCACCGAUACCUUCUACGGACAGCAGCAGCAGCAGCAACAGAGCUACCAGCAACAUAACUACACCUCUCACAAUGGCGAGCGCUAUUCGCUGCCCACUUUCCCCACGAUUUCCGAACUGGCGGCGGCCACAGCGGCCGUGGAAGCAGCAGCAGCUGCUACCAUAUCCUCGCCUUCGCUGGGUGGUCCUCCGCCUGGUCGCCGGGCAUCGCUGCCCGUCCAGCGAACCGUCUCGCCCGCCGGCUCCUCUGCGCAGAGUCCCAAGCUGGCCAAGAUCACGCUCGGCCAGAGGCACACCCACGCCCACCCGCUCCAGCUAAGCUCGGCCCCAAAUUCAGCGGCCAGUUCGCCGGCCAGUGCGGAUCUCCAGGCAGGACGGCUCCUUCAGGCUCCAUCACAAUUGUGUGCAGUUUGUGGGGACACGGCCGCCUGUCAGCAUUACGGAGUUCGAACCUGCGAGGGUUGCAAGGGAUUCUUUAAGAGGACAGUGCAGAAGGGCUCCAAGUACGUUUGCCUGGCGGACAAGAACUGUCCGGUGGAUAAGAGGCGGCGCAACCGCUGUCAGUUCUGUCGGUUCCAGAAGUGUUUGGUCGUCGGCAUGGUCAAGGAAGUGGUGCGAACUGAUUCGCUAAAGGGACGAAGGGGACGACUGCCCUCGAAGCCAAAGUCUCCUCAGGAGUCUCCUCCAUCGCCACCGAUCUCACUGAUUACGGCUUUGGUGCGUAGCCAUGUGGACACCACGCCUGAUCCCUCCUGCCUGGAUUACAGCCAUUACGAGGAGCACACGAUGAGCGAGGCGGACAAGGUGCAGCAGUUCUAUCACCUGCUGACCAGCUCUGUGGACGUGAUCAAGCAAUUUGCCGAGAAGAUACCCGGCUACUUGGAUCUCCUACCCGAGGAUCAGGAGUUGCUGUUCCAGAGCGCCUCCCUGGAGCUGUUCGUUCUCCGCCUGUCGUAUCGCUCCAGGAGCGACGACACCAAGAUGAUCUUCUGCAAUGGCACAGUGCUCCAUCGCAGCCAGUGCCAGCGAUCCUUCGGGGAAUGGCUCAACGACAUCAUGGAGUUCAGUCACAGUCUACACAACCUGGAGAUCGACAUCUCCGCCUUCGCCUGCCUCUGCGCCCUCACCCUGAUCACAGAACGUCAUGGCUUAAGGGAGCCAAAGAAGGUGGAACAGCUCCAGAUGAAGAUCAUUGGCAGUCUCCGUGAUCAUGUCACCUACAAUGCCGAGGCCCAAAAGAAGCAGCACUACUUCAGCCGGCUCUUGGGAAAGCUGCCUGAGCUGCGCUCCCUCAGUGUCCAGGGACUUCAGCGCAUCUUCUAUCUGAAGCUGGAGGAUCUGGUACCAGCCCCGGCCCUCAUCGAGAAUAUGUUCGUCACCACAUUGCCCUUCUAGGCGAUCGAACAUCAUCCAGCGUAUCAUCACAACCUUGCUUCCUUAAACUAGCCCUAAGUUAUGCCCCUUAAGAUAUAGUAUAUAGUAUAUAUUACAGGUAUCCCCGAACUAGCUUUAGUAGAGCCCGAAUUAUAUGAAAUCUCACUGAAACAAGAAACCCGAAAUAAAACGCAGACCCAGGCCAUAUCUUUAGACAUAGAGUAGGGCUAGAUAGACAAGACAACACACAAACCCCUCGAAUAAUUACGGACAUGAAUAUUUGAGAAAGGGGGUUUCCGCUGCAAAAUCAGCUCCUGCGUGACUCGUCAAGGCUGGAAAUUACAACUUGUUGACGUUAAUUGUUAAAUUGUUUCAUUUCAACUGUCGAAAUCAAUGCGCACGCAAUGGACACGGCGUCUUAUACAAUAUCCCUCGAAAGCCCGAACACUCAAAGCUUGCUUAAAACCGACGGACAAGGACGGACAAGACGCUCUCUUGCCUUUUUGCUAACUUCUAGUCAAUUGUUUUAAGGCAAACAAAAGGAAUAAAUAAAGACAAGCAUGCAGCCAGUAGAGUUAUAUUAUUUAUACCUUAGAAUAAACCAGACAGUUCUCUUAAAUAAUAAACCAACACAGUUUCCCAAAUCGGAAGAGGAUUCCCUAACAAAUAAAUUUUGAACUUUCCUUAAUCUCAGACUUUCCAAAGUAAAGUAUUAUUUUCGAAAUUAUCUUUAGAUUCCAAUUCCAAUUUGUGGAGCUCAAUAUCAUAUCAAAUAGCAAUGCCAUGCUUGCCGUUAGCCAAUAUUAAUAGGCCCCUGCAUAUAGUUGAUAUCCCCGAACCCAAGUAUUUCUGUUAAUUAUAGACUAAGGCUCCUAAUAGUUUAAUCUCUGAAUAUAGACUAAGGACUAUUCUUUUCGAUUUACGAUUAUGCACCUACUAGUGCACACUGAGAGUUUAAGUACCUUUUUGUGAUGAUUGUGUCUGACACAGAGAGAGUUGCACACAAACACACAAGCUAGCAAGUAAGAUAUGAUAUAAGGAUAUAAAAUAUAUAUAUUAAAAUAUUCUGUAGAUUAAGCCCCAGUAUUCGGUAAUCCUAUAAUACGUCUGUAAAUCCAUAGUUAGUACGUUCCAAACGAGAAAACCCUUUAUUUAAUCUGAAAGAAACCAAGUUCUCAAAGAAACGCUAGAUGAUAGAUAGACGGAUCUAUAUAUCUCUCUCUAUAUGUGUGUGUUAUUUCGAUAGAAACCCCUCUAUGUGAUUUUGUGAUAGAUUGGCAUUGAACUCUAUAUAUAUAUAUACAUAUAUAUAUGUAUAUCUAUAAUACGUAUAC